CCGCCUUGCCUUGCCAUGCUGCCGCCCGCCCCGCUCCGCCUCUGCCUGUGCGCGGCCGCCGCCGCCGCCGCCGCGACCCUCUCCCUCCCCGGCGAUUACCGCCUGGCCGGGCUGUUCCCGCUGCACAGCGCCGGGCCCCGCACCGACGCCAGCCCGCUAGCUCGCGGCUGCGAUGACAAUGCCGUCUUCAAGAGCCACGGUUACUGCCUGUCCCAGGCCCUGCGAUUCACCAUAGAGGAGAUCAACAACUCCAGCACGCUGCUUCCGAACGUCACUCUGGGCUACGACAUCCACGACACCUGCUCUGAGCCCGCAAACCUCCACGCCACCCUGAGUGCCCUCAUCCGCAAAGGCAGGCAGGAUGUCCAGCUGCUCCCCACCUUACAACACUAUGAGCCCCAGGCUGUUGCUGUCAUCGGCCCUGACAGCACACAGCUGGCCCUCACCACAGCUGCCAUCCUUGGCAUCUUCCUCGUACCAGAGAUCAGCUAUGAAGCCUCUGUGGAGACGCUGAGCCUGAAGCGGCUGUACCCGUCGUUCCUGCGCACCAUCCCCAGUGACAGGCAGCAGGUGAAAGCUAUUUUCCUGCUGCUGCAGCACUUUGGCUGGACCUGGGUGGCGCUGCUGGGCAGCGACAACACCUAUGGUAGGGGUGGCCUGGAUGCCCUGCAGAAGUUGCUGACCACAAGUGACGUGUGCGUGGCCUACCGAGGCACCAUUCCUAUCAACUCAGACACCAGCAACCCUGAGCUCCACAACAUGGUCCGACUCCUCACAGACGCCAAGGUCAAUGUCACCAUCAUCUUCUCCAACAGCCGAAGCGCCCGCCCAUUCUUCGAGGUGGUGGUCCAGAGGAACAUCACAGGCAUGGUGUGGGUGGGCUCUGAAGACUGGCUGUUGUCUCAAAUCAUCUGGCAGGUGCCUGGCAUCCAGACCAUUGGCACGGUGAUUGGGAUGACAGUUGAAAAGCCAGAGUCUGUGAUGCUGGAACGCUUUGAAAGUUGGAAGAUGGUGGAGGAAGGUGCUGCGGCCAAGUGUGCCAGCACUGCAGAGGCAGGCGGGGAAUCCGGGGGGAGCUGCACCCAGCACUACACCAGCUGCCGCUCACUCACUGCUGCCCCCAACGUGUUCGACGCUCAAGCCUCCUUCAACGUGUACUCGGCCGUGUACGCCGUGGCCCAUGGCCUCCACAACCUGCUGGGCUGUGCCUCGGGGGCUUGCAGCAAAGGCACCAUCUAUCCCUGGCAGCUCCUACAACAGAUCAGGCAGGUAAACUUCACCCUGUACAAGAGCCGAGUCUCUUUUGACACCAGCGGGGAUAUUUGUAAAGGCUACGACAUCGUCAUGUGGAACUGGAGUGGCUCAAGCUGGGCUUCUGAUGUGAUAGGAACCUUCCAUGUCAACCCUGACAGGCUGAGCAUCGACCCAGGCAAAGUCCUGUGGCACACAAAAGAUAGCCAGGCUCCCACCUCGGUGUGCUCCAAGGCCUGUAAGCCGGGGGAGUGGCGGCUGCAGCAGACCCGCCACCGGUGCUGCUUUAGCUGUACGGCCUGUCCGUUGGGAACCUUCCUGAACAGAUCAGGGCUCCCCCCCGGCCCCGGCGGAGGCGGCGGGCGGCGGCGGGCGGGGGGACGGCGACGCCGAGCAAUUCUCCGAGAAAAAGGCGCUGCGGAGCAAAAAGAGCCCCCCCGCCCCGGGAAAGGCGCCGGGAAGCAGAAAAGGAAACAUACUGGAGAGAAGCCAUUUGAGUGUUCCAAGUGUGGCAAAUGUUACUUUAGAAAAGAGAAUCUCAUGGAACAUGAAGCCAGGAACUGCAUGAACCGAUCAGAACAGGUGUUCACGUGCUCAGCGUGCCCGGAGGUGUUCAAGCGGCGGAUGGAGCUGCGGCUGCACAUGGUGUCGCACACUGGGGAAAUGCCAUACAAGUGCUCCUCGUGCUCGCAGCAGUUCAUGCAGAAGAAGGAUCUUCAGAGCCACAUGAUAAAGCUGCAUGGCGCACCCAAGCCCCACGCGUGCUCAACCUGCUCCAAGUGCUUUCUGUCCCGGACAGAGCUGCGCCUGCAUGAGGCCUUCAAGCACCGCGGAGAGAAGCUGUUUGUGUGUGAGGAGUGCGGGCACAGGGCCUCGAGCCGCAAUGGCCUGCAGAUGCACAUCAAGGCCAAGCACAGAAAUGAGCGGCCCUAUGUGUGUGAGUUCUGCCACCACGCCUUCACGCAGAAAGCCAACCUCAACAUGCACCUGCGCACACACACUGGCGAGAAGCCCUUCCAGUGCCACCUUUGCGGCAAGACCUUCCGGACACAAGCGAGCCUGGACAAGCACAACCGGACGCACACCGGCGAGCGGCCAUUCAGCUGUGAGUUUUGUGAGCAGCGUUUCACUGAGAAGGGGCCGCUGCUGAGACACAUCGCCAGCCGGCACCAGGAGGGGCGGCCCCACUUCUGCCACAUCUGCGGGAAGACGUUCAAAGCAGUGGAACAGCUGCGCGUCCAUAUCCGCCGGCACAAGGGCGUGAGGAAGUUUGAGUGCACUGAGUGUGGCUACAAGUUCACGCGACAGGCUCACUUGAGGCGCCACAUGGAGAUCCACGACCGCGUGGAGAACUACAACCCACGGCAGCGGAAGCUGAGGAACUUGAUCAUCGAGGACGAGAAGGAUGUGAUGGUGGUGCUGCAACCGCCACCAGAGCUGGAGGUGGGCUCGGCCGAGGUGAUUGUGGAGUCACUGGCCCACAGGCCACUGCCCGAGGAGGUUCCUGCGCAGAGACUGUGCUCAGACGAGAACUUCUCCACGGCGGACGUGAUUGAGCAAUCUCUGAUUAUAACGACAACGAUUCCUGAAGACUGUGAGACGUAGUGCAGCCACCCUUCCACUGAAACACAGUAAAGUCUUGGGCUGAGCCAAUCUCUGCCACACUUGUUCUUUUGAGUUGUGCAUCCGUCCCCUCCCCUUCUUCCCUGCCAGUCUCUCACCCCAGACUACAGGGAAGUCACCAUGAUGAUGUGAUUGAGUGUCAAAUGAAGAAAUGGUGCAAAAGGGCCACUCCAGUCAGUGUCUGUGCGCCGUGCAGGGGGAUUGGACUGACCUGCUUGUGUCAUACUGUGAAUCACUUUCUGACACCGGAGGAGCUGGUGCUGGAGGAGCCCCUUUCCUCCAGCCCUCUUACCCUGCUCCUGAUUAAAGAUUAAAGCUCAACUUCCCCCAGAGAGAGCAGCUCUGCCCUUUCCUUUAACGCAUGUGAAAGGAAUGUUUCCUCCGUUAAACUUGUGCCUUAUUUCUCCUUUAUUUUGUCAAGCUUCUGUCAGUUGCUGUUUCUUUCCCCCAUUACAGGAGGGGCAGGACCUGUGUCUGCUCAGCAUUGAGAUAAUGGAGCUGCAAGUUCACUUGAAACACACUCCAGCAGCCACACAGUGCCUGAGCUCCUGUGGUCAGGGGUAGGGACUUAUCUCUGUCCCAAAUAACAUGAUCCAGGGUUGCUGGGGGAGUUAUAACCAUUUCCUGAGUGGUGCCAGGGUGGGGGAGAUCCCUGUGUGUACCCUCACCCCCAGAGUCUCAGCCAUGCUCUCUCUGCCUUCCCCCUCUACUCACCAAGGAGGCAGAGAGGCUCUGUUUUAAGCGUACCCAGAAUGAGACAGUCCCACUAAAAUUUCACUCCAGGCCCUUUCCCUUCGCAGACGACAGAAUUGUGUAACAGGUUUUAUUUAACUUGACAGCUGCAAGUAAAUUUAAAAACAAACUAUGAGAAUAAAAAUACAUUAUCUGCAAAUGUAAAA